AUUUUAAGUUUUACAUGACAGACAGGUUAAGAAGGACUAACCAACCACGUGUAAGGUUUAAAAAGACUACACGAACGUUCAGCCAAUCUUGUCUAAGCCCGUAUGCGUAAAUUUAGUGGCACGUAAGAUAUAGGGCAGUGGUGUAGAGCAAAUGCUAGAAAUUAGUCUGCUCACAUUCUUAAAGCUUAUAACUACUUAUGACCGGUCUGUCUUUUUAAAACUAUAAGGAUACAUGGACUGAAUGAGACUGAUAAUUCCGCGUUUGGUGUAGUUGAUAAGUGUCAUACAAGUAAAGCGCCACGUUUAUAUUUGACUUUAAACCCGUCGAAAAACAACGGUCGUUUGUAUUUGAAUGAUAAGGAACAAUGGCAUCUUCAGCAGGUGACAGAAAGCCUGGAGUUAUAGUUUUGGGAGGAUGUGGUUUCAUUGGGCGUAACCUAGUCCAAUACCUGCUAGAAAACGAAUUAGUUUCUACAGUUAGAGUUGUUGAUAAGGUUCCACCACAAACAGCUUGGCUAAAUGCUAAGCACCAGCAAAUAUUUGAACAUCCGCUUCUAGAAUUCAGAAGUGCUAAUCUUAUCAAUCCAGUCUCGUGUCAGAAUGCAUUUGCAUCAGAUACUUCUAUAGAUUAUGUAUUCAAUUGUGCUGGUGAAACAAAAAGUGGACAAACAGAUCCUGUUUAUAAGGAAGGCAUUUACAAGCUUAGUAUAAAUUGUGCCCAGCAUGCAGCAAAGCUUGGAGUAAAAAGAUAUGUUGAAAUUUCUUCAGGCAAUCUGAACUCUUCAGAGAAGGCUCCACAUAAGGAAGAUGACACUGUAGAUCCAUGGACAUAUGUGGCAAAAUAUAAAAUGCAAGUUGAACAUUAUUUAAAGAAUAUUCCUGGAUUGAAAUAUACUGUACUAAGACCAGCAAUUGUAUAUGGUCCUGGUGAUAGAAACGGUUUAGCACCUCGUUUAGUAGUGGGUGCAGUAUACAAACAUAUAGGUGAAAUGAUGAAGUUGCUUUGGGGACCAGACCUUCACAUGAAUACUGUCCACGUGAGGGAUGUAGCACGCGCGAUCUGGCAUGUAGCAAUCAGAUCAGAAACAGAAGGCAAAAUUUACAACCUCGUUGACGAGGGCGAUUCUACACAAGGAACAAUUAGCGCCAUUGUUUCAGAAUUAUUUAACAUCAACCAUGACUAUUGGGGCACUGCUCUAUCAACUUUAGCAAAAGCGGACAUGAGCUCUGUGGUAGAGGAAGUGAAUGAUAAACACAUGGGACCUUGGGCGGAAGCAUGCAGUAAAGAUGGCGUUGAAAACAGUCCAUUAUCCCCUUAUAUAGAUCAAGAACUGCUUUACAACAAACACCUGUAUUUACAAACAGGAAAAUUAACAAAUGAGACUGGAUUUACCUAUUGUUAUCCCAAAUUGACCAAGGACGCUUUAAAAGAGGUUCUUGAUGAUUGCGUCUCUAUGAAGAUAUUCCCGCAUUCCUUAGUUCUGUGAUCACUAUGUUGAAUAAUCAUACAGAUUCAACACUUGAAUCAACGUCGCGCUAAAGCUUCAUAGAAUUUAUCGAAUAUAACAACUUUUACAGAAACGUUCCACGUUGUGCCUAAAAGAAUUCACGUAGGUUCAAUGCGCGUUACACGUCAAACAUGUUGCGCGUCGGCUGAUUUAAAAUUGAUAUUAUGAUGGCUUAUGAGCAAAAAAAUAUAAAAAAAAACAAAUGACGCAAACGGAGAUAUUAGAUUAAAAAUUAUAGAGGUCUGAACUGCCAUAUGUGAUAAAAGAAGCAAUGUAUGUACUUAAUUUUACUCUAACUUAGGUUUUCAUAACAAUUCGACACGUGAGACAAUGGACAGCGCUAGUCAAUCAUGACUCUGCGCAAGGGUCAAGCGAAUCAAUUAAAUAUAAAAUCCCGCGUCUCGGAUUAACAUUUUUCUAAAAAAUGUCGCAACAACGCCACCUGCGAUGGCGUCGACAUUUUAAAUGGAUACUUACAGUUAUGGAGCGUAGAAAAAUUUCAUCGUAAUCAUCGUAAGGAAACUUUUUCUUUUUUUACACGUGAAUUUGGAUGAACAGUGCCAAAAGAAGUCGACACUGAUAGACACAUGCAACGCCUGAACGAAUGCCACUGCAAAUUUAUAUAGAAAUAAUACUACUUUUUAUUUAUCUUCACCGCGAGGAAAUGGUAGAAAAUUGAUUAUUUCAUAAACCUUGAUCACUUGUCGAUAUCUGCUUUAAGACAAUGGUUACAUUUCGCGUCGAUAAUCAAUUAUACUCACGACGCGGAAACCGACUAUAUUCCAGUGCCUGUACAGGUAUAAAAUUAUAUAUAUAUUAUUAGGUCGAGUACAAAAAUAGUAUAUAUUGUAAUUAAGAGUGAAUUACGCGAGUAAUGUCUUCUGCGAUACGCGAAAUUUGUUGUUUUGUAUGCAUACAAUUUGUGCACACGUCUUAUUCUCAUGCUUACGAUUGUAACGCCUAUGAAACAAGCCUAAUAGCUGUAAAAGAUCAAACGGACAUGAUACAUUGUAGUACUUAAUGAGUUUGCAGCAUAUGUCAUUAUCGUUUAGCAAUUGAAUGGCGAAUCGAUUCUUAAUUUACUUACUUACGGUGUGUAUCUGCUGAUUUGUCACGAUAAUAAACUAAACCCAUCAA